GCCCCACCCACUGUCCCCUCCCAAACUACCACCGCCGACGAUGACCGGCGCCGCCCCCCGCCUCCGCUCCCCUCCCCGAAACGGCGGAGUCCGACAUUCCCCCGAAACAGCCCGCAAGAAGUCGCCGCCUCCGCCGCCGUCCUCCUCCGCCGGCGGCAUCUGGGAGAGUGCGCAUUUCCUGAAAUGGACGGCGGCGGACGCGCUCCGGCUGCCGGUCCGCCACCCGAUUCCGUGCGUCCUGGCGGCUUCCCUACUCUUCUUCAUGGCGGUGGAAUACACGCUCCGCAUGAUCCCGGCGACCUCUCAGCCGUUCGAUCUGGGCUUCGCCGCCACCGCCGCCCUCCACCGCGGCCUCGCCGCCAGCCCCCGCCUCAAUACCCUUCUCGCCGGCCUCAACACGGUGUUUGUGGGGAUGCAAACAAUGUACAUAUUAUGGACGUGGGUGAUCGAGGGUCGGCCAAGAUCCACCAUUGCAGCCCUCUUCAUGUUCACCUGUCGUGGAAUCCUAGGAUACGCCACCCAGCUCCCUCUACCCCAGGGGUUCUUGGGAUCAGGGGCGGAUUUCCCGGUGGGGAACGUGGGGUUCUUCCUGUUCUUCUCGGGACACGUGGCGGCCUCUGUGAUCGCGUCGCAGGACAUGAAGAGGCUCCAGAGAUGCCACCUGGCCCGCCUCUUCGACACCCUCAACGCGCUCCAGAUCCUCCGCCUCUUGACCACGCGCGGCCACUACACCAUCGACCUCGCCGCCGGACUCGCCGCCGGAGUGCUCUUCGACUCCAUCGCCGGCGAGUACCAAAUCUCCCACAAGCUCAACCACUAAUUACUACUUAUAUUUUUAAUACAAUUUUCUAUCUUUUAUGUAUAUUAUUAUUAUUAUUAUUAUUAUUAUUAUUAUUAUGGAGUGUGAAUUAAAAUGCAAUGCUGCUGCUUCCGCUUUCUUACA